CCCAGACUGUCAUCUUGCCAACCCUGUGGCAUUUCACGGCGGUUGUCGUCGUGUCUCCUAAGCAAGCAGCGUCCUGGCAAUCUCUGGUGAACAAGUUCAUCCAGAACCGGACGGCAGACCCUACCAAAAAGACGGUCUCUCUGAUGCAAGCGGCACAUCAGUACGAUCGUUCCGUAGGAUGGCGAGUACCUCACAUUGCAUCUAUCAUCGCAACGCAACGACUCACCCGCUUGCGUCUACUGCUUCGGUCCCCUACUGAAACAGACAAUCAGUGGGCUUGUCUGGCGCAUGAAAUGUUCGAUGCAGCACUGAAGCCAGGCAACCGACCUCACCGGUUCGACUUCCUCCACUUCCGACCCAACUCUCGGAGUGCUGCCAAUCGUCUCGCUUUUGUAUCUCCACUCUGGAACGACGUGUGGAAAACAUGGCGCCGCCUCCCUGCAGACAAAAUCUGUCAGUCUCAACCCACGUUGGAACAAUUGUUCGAGAUGCCGGUCUGGCGGCAAACCAACCCAGUGUUCCGCAUACCCCUUCACGCCAACGGCCCACACGUCACACUUCUGACAUCCUUCCGACACAAAGGAAAGGAGUGGUAUCACCAUAUGAUGCGAUCGGGGUUCCAUUGCCUGAGGGACUUCCUCACACCGGCAGGAAUGUGGCCGACGGUGGACGAGUUCGACGAUAUCGUUGCGCCUGCGGUCCAUAGGUUAGAGUAUGAUGGUCCUGUACCCUACUCACUGAUGCCGGUGUACCGCCGACUUACCACCAUCGCCCGCCAGGUCUUCCAGGCGGCCGGUACCGCCUGGGGUCACCCAGUCGAUCUCGGUGCCCCUUGGCGGCUGCCAUUUUGUGCACGCUACAAGGACACUCUUGUCGAAAUUCGAGAUUGGCAACCCAAACAAAUCCGCUGGAUUUGUUUUAACCCACCCAAACCGACCCGCGACCACCCCAUGCUUCGCACGCAUGGUACGCUUGAUAACGUACAGAAGUACCUGAAGGUCUUCAGACGUUUAAUGGCUGUGGCUCCACCGCUCCAAGCGGACGUGUGGAACCGAGCUCAUCAACCGAUCCAUCCUGCGUACAGUGCCCCCACCAGGGGUGCGUUGCUGUGGAAACUGUCCAACAUGCUCUACGUACCUGUCCACGUGUUCACCCCGUCUGGCAGGCGUUGGCGGACCCCUGGCAACAGUUUGGACGAACUCAUGGCGCUUUGGAUUAUGCUCACCGGUGGCGUCAUUCGGCGAUUGUGGAUUCACCGCAACAAGGUGAAAUACGAAAACGCCCAUGCUUCUCACGUCCCUGCGAUGGUGGAGCUGACCCUACUCCAAUGGUCCUCCCAAGUCCGCCGUCACCUGUCCCUCCCGUCGACCGAUGAUGACGAACGAGACCGCCUUCGCACCAUCUUGCACCGGCUUGGUCAGCACCCCAACUACCAAGCCUUCUGGUCAAAAUACCCAAAGCACUUUUCGGUUGGCCUGCCUGGAACUAUCGAGAAUGUUCUGGAAGAUGCAAGAGAUGAGAGGGCAAGCAAACGCCCGUCUCAAUUCUGCGACGACUUCUUGCCUCGAAGCCCCAAGAACCUUUUGGAUCAGUCUGCUGUGGUGAUGGUGGAUGAGGAUCGUAUCCAAGAAGAGCCUCUUUUGUCAAUUCACCAUGCCGAAGCUAUCGAGGGACCUGCUACUGGCGAUGGUCAAAUAGCCGUCGUUGAUCUCAGCGGCGGCUUAAGGGCGUCCUCCAUUAGUAGCCAAGACGCUUUCACUCAUCAAGACAUCCACCAUACCACCAACCGCGAUCAACCCGGUCGUCUCGUGGAGGAAGACUCGUCUGGAGAGGGACUAGUUCAUCGGCAAAGCCUGGUGGACAUCACCCUCCAUGCCUUCGUUGGGGUUGGCACCAGUGAGGCUCCUUCCAUCGAGGCGGUCGCCAAAGCAUCAGCUCCAACCCAAGGCGAAACCGAAUGCGAUUCACAAGGGUCUGCGAAUGUCCAACCGCAGACCAAUCCGACGACUACAUCUAUCGACUCCCAACAACAACCAAGUCCACCUGAAGAUGCUACGAACAACUCGGCACCGCCCACGACACCCUACAUGAGCUUUGCUGAAGCCGUGAAGAAUGCCAAAGCUGCGAACGGCAAGCAGAAAGUUCAAAUGGUGUUUACUCGACCCUCACGCGAACAACUCCUCAAGCUGAUCGAAAUGGCGGACGACGAAAACUGUACCGACGACGCCAUGUUUGAAGCCAUGCAAGCUGCCAUUCCCUACAAGCAGAAGCAAGCUGUGGCCCACUUCUGGGUCACGACUGGUUUUGCACUCACCCAACACUCCAACGACAAAAUCAUCUCGUCGAUUUUCUCGGAGAAUGAUUCUGCUCCGUGGAAGGCUUUGCUGUCUGAUUUCGUCCAAGUGAACAAGGCCCGUGGUGGAGACCUUGUCAUUCACGUUGCAAGUGAAGAAACGAAGACCGCCAUGGUUGGCCAGACUAUUACCAUUCUUGUCGACCAACUCAAGAUGGACGACGUGUACUAUGCGGUCUUUGCAAAGGAGUACGUCAAGUCCUCUGUGCAACGCGAAAAUCACCCCAAGCGACCCAAGCAAGGCAAAGUCAUCGACCUGUGUGAAAUCCAACCUGGUGGGUCAAAUAGUGAGUUCCAAGCUCAGUCUCCACUACAAGAAGACGACAUGGAAACCUCACUGGACCAACAACCACCAUUUGUCAUCCCUACCACGGCUAAAAACGCGACUUUCGAAAAACCGAAGAAGGCUGCCAAGCGCAAAAAAGACGACCUGGUCAAGACCUGGGUCACAGACAACUUGUUUGAACACCUGCGAGACGUACAAGUCAACACAUCAUUGGGGGACGAACUCUUGAACCACGUCACCCAACACGAACAACACGUUGCCUCACAACCCAUGGCGCCGGUCGACGCAUGGAUUCAAGAGGCAAAAAUCGAUGAACUGUGGCAGUGGGCGUCGACAAACGCGCUCAUGGCCAAUUUUUACCUCGCCGAACUCAACAACAAGAACCCGGCCGUAUUUGAAAGCCUUUAUCAAACCUUCCGCUUCCACUUGGAUCACGCACUUGGAAUGGGAAACUACUUCUUGGCUACCAAUGACCAUCGCCAUACUCAAGAUUCGUCCGAGCAACACCGCAGUAGUGGUGUCAUGAUGUUGUUCCACAAGGACACGCCUGGUUUCGAGCGCCUGGUGCACAACACUGCUAUGGACAUUCCCAACAAGUACAUGGUCGUCCACACGUGGUGGGAGGACACUCCUGUCUUCUUUCACAACCUUUACGCGCCUGUUCGAGAUCAAGAACGUGAAGUCUUCUUUGAAGCCUUGCCUCGAGAUUUCCCUGCCAACGCUCAACACAUCGUCAUGGGUGAUUUUAACCUGCCACUUGAUAGACUCCUGGACUCGGUGAACCCGCUUUCAUCAAGUCAUUAUGCUGGUCGUUUGCAACUCUGUCAGUGGCUUGAGACAUUGGGAGUGGUUGAUGCGUGGCGCCUCCACCAUCCAACGGCACGCGUCUAUUCGUCUCCAAAAGGGAAGAAUCGUCUCGACUACAUCUUCCUGGACAAAAACCUUAUGC